AUGGGUACUCAUCGAUUAGUUUCAGAGCUGAGUCUAGACAAACCUUUGCAUCCAGUUCGUGUUAAGGUCAUCUGCAAGGGGCCGACGGUUGUCGGGUCAGGGUUCCAAAAAACCGUUCUGAUUUUUGGAGAUGAGAAGGGAAAUACAAUUCAAGCCACUUUGGUUAGAGAUUUGGAGGCUUCAGCUGAUAUGCCAUUGGAGGAAGGUCACUCUUAUGAAAUUAAAGAUUUCGAGCUAUCCCAUGUCAUACCAGAGCGUGUUCGAUUGACAAGGAACCGAUACAAUAUUAACAUCACUAAAUCCUCUGUGGUUUUGAAGAUCGAUCCUAUAAAACAUUUCAGCUUUUAUUGUUUUCCAAACUGGGAUGAUCUCUACCGCGGCUUACAUCAUCCUAAGUUUCCUAUUGAUAUUUAUGGUCAAGUGAUAGGAGUUGGAUUUCUUGAAGAAUAUAUCAUGGAGCCUGUAAACGGAAAUAAUGGUAUCAUCGACCACAAAAUCCGUUUUUUUGUACUACACAUCCCUAACGUUGUCAUUAAGUGUGUCGCUUAUGGUGCACUUGCUCAUGUUUUCAAUGAUUUAUGGAAUUCUAUAGAUGCAGACAUAGUAUUAUGUGUUUUACAGUGUUGGCAAAUUAAUUGGGGACAAGGCCGACUUAAGAGGGUUACUAACAUUGAUGGGAUUUCCAAAAUUGUUUUCGACCCCAUUGGUGUCCCAGAAAUUGAUGAUUUACGAUUGAGGAUUGCAAACGAAGACUUCUGA